AUGGGUAUCACUCGUGACAGCCGCCACAAGCACCGCCUGACCGGUGGGCGCGUGAACGUGCACAAGAAGAAGAGGAAGUACGAGAUGGGCCGCCCGUCCGCCAUGACCCGUCUGGGCCACAAGCGCGUCCGCGUCGUCCGCUGCCGUGGUAUAAAAGUUUUUUUUCCCACCAACUAGUCGUAACAUAACAAUAAAAACUGCGUAUUUUCUGACAAAAUUACUAUUUCGCGCACUUACAACUUCUUCCCUGCAUACACGUCAGCAUCGAACGAAGGUCCACUUUUAUUUAUCCAGUGCUUUUUUCAUUCUCCCACCUGGGGUUCUUGGUCGAAAUAUCUACAAAUUACUUCUGCAAAAAAUUUCGCGCGCUAGGACUCGUCGCGCUGCGCUCGCUCGACGAACACGUUCUUGCCUAGAAAACUUUUCACGAAUAAAGCAAGGAUAUCACCGAAUGAACAAAAAAUCAGGUGCCAACAAGAAGUUCCGCGCUUUGCGUUUGGACAGCGGUAACUACUCGUGGGGCAGCGAGAACUGCACGCGCAAGGUCCGUGUUAUGGACGUUGUGUACAAUUCCGUGUCCAACGAGUUGGUGCGCACCAAGACCCUGGUCAAGAACACCAUCGUCCAGAUCGACGCCAUGCCCUUCAAGCAGUGGUAUUUGUUUUUCUAAAUUUCAUGCCCGAAGAAGUGAAAGUGCACUUGUUGUCAAUGCAGAUAGAUCUGUCGUGGUGAAGCUGAAGGACCACUUCUUUCACCAGGAGCUUUCUUUCUUCAAAGAAAAAGUUUUCAUGUUUCAGAUCUCCGUUUUCCAUAAUGACCUUAUGGGUCGUCACAGACUUUACAAUGAUAGUCCUACGAUGAACAAUGGAAAUAAACUUUAUGGCUGUGCACGCACGGGUAUCAAAAAAAGAUGAAACAAACACGCAAACGCAGGUAUUCCAAGCACUACGGUGUGGAAUUGGGCAAGAAGAAGGAGAAGAAGGAGGAGGUGAAGAUCUCCGGACACGUGAAGGCCAAGCAGGCCGGUCGCGUGCACAAGCUCGACGCCAACCUGGAGGACCAGUUCAACUCCGGUCGUCUGCUCGCCUGCAUCAGCUCCCGCCCGGGCCAGACCGGCCGCUGCGAUGGCUACAUCCUGGAAGGCGACGAGUUGGCCUUCUACAAGAAGAAGCUGGAGAAGAAGAAGAAGUAAGGAGGAAGAUAAACAAGUCUUUCUUGGCUGUCAUCAACGAUCAUCGGGUCCCAGUCUUCUGGUGUAGUCGUGGUUCUUGGCGAGUUGGCGCAGGAAUGAAAAAACAAUUUUUUAAUUCCUUCACACAGAUGUUGAACAAGUCCACACAAAAAUACUCCAAACAUGACAUCUCGGUCGACGGUUGUUAAAGGAAUCGUUUUUCCGUGGCAACGCGGGAAGCGUGAACAAGCACGAACUGCGAUGCCCCAUGAAGAGUUGCGGACCUCUGCACUGAUGAAUCAAAGCACCCAUUUACGCUAGAUUUUUUGUCAACCACUGAUAAAGCAAAUCAAACGCCAGCGAGCAGAAAAUGCUGCGAGCUACACAGCAUCGCGGCAGGCAUUCGCCACCACCGUGAGUUGCCCGGAGGACGUGCGGUAAUUGUGUUCGAAAGUGGG